GUGAGCACGUGCUGAUCAAUAAACGCUGAACUUUGGUUAUUCGGUUAGUUAUUGGUUUCUUGUGUGUGUCAGAGUGUGUCAUCGAGCUGCAUGUGCUCGUCCUGCUGCAGACGUGUUUAAUGGCGCCGUUAAAGUUCUGCGCGAAUAUCUCGUGGCUGUUCACGGAGCUGCCGGAGUUCCCGCAGCGGAUGCGCGCCGCAGCGAGUGCGGGGUUCCGCGCGGUGGAGGCGGCCUGGCUCUACAACACCGACCUGAAAGAGUUAAAGACAGCCAAAGAGGAGACGGGGCUCGAGUUUGUGCUAAUAAACACUCCUCCUGGUGACGCGUCAGCUGGAGAUCUGGGAUUGGCUGCUGUUCCUGGGAGAGAGCAGGAGUUCAGGCAGGGUUUGGAUUUGGCUGUUCAGUACGCUAAAGCACUCGACUGCACGAGGAUUCACUUGAUGGCUGGCAGGGUCCCGGCGGGGUCUGAACGCUGCGCUCUUGCCCUGCAGAUGGAGGAUACGUUUGUGCACAAUCUGAAGCAUGCAGCAGGUGUGCUAGACAAGGAAGGUCUGCUUGGUCUGAUUGAGCCGAUCAACAGCAGGAUCACAGACCCACGAUAUUUCCUGCACUCUCCACAUCAGGCUGCUGAGAUUCUGCAGAGAGUGGAUCAUCCCAGCAUCAAGAUGCAGAUGGACAUCUUCCACUGGCAGAUCAUGGAUGGAAACUUAACUCACAAUAUACGGAGAUACUUACCAAUGACAGGCCACAUCCAGAUAGCUCAGGUUCCGGAUCGGCAUGAGCCAGACAGCCCUGGAGAGCUCAAUUUCUCCUUCAUCUUCAGACUGCUGGAGGAGCUCGACUAUCAGGGCUUCAUCGGCUGCGAAUACAAGCCUCAAGGUUCGACUGAAGCCGGUCUGGAGUGGCUCCGAAAAUACUGGAGAAGCCGAAAUGGAGGAGAACGUGACUAAAUCAGCUCUAAAAGGCCACACAAGAUUAAAAUAUGCUUCAAAUGAACCGUCAGUUUCACUCACUGGAAUAAUCUUUCACCUCCGCAUGCUUUUCAGCACUUAAUUUCUCUCAUUUCAGAAACAUGACGUCAGAGGUUUAAUUUAAGAUUUAUUGUUAAGCAUUUGUUUCUUACAAAUCCGCCUCUAUAUACAUAAUGUACAGAUUACUAACUACUGUUGAAAAACAUCCAGUGUGCUUUAAAGAAACAAAACAGUAAAACAUUCCUCAAUUUCUGUCAUUUAAA